CCUCCUCCCCCUCGCCUUUUGCCUUGACCAGAGGAUAUCCAGCGCCGGCCAUCUUAUAUCCCAAACCGACUAGGAACUCAGGAGGAAGAGCAGUUAUGGCAGCACUUUCGUCGAGUGGGUCUGUCGAUAUGGACAACAUUAUCGACCCAAAUGGGUCGCCGCUGGACAGCGUCGAUACCAACACCACCCCUGACACUGAGUUCUCGCCCCCAGCCAGCCCGUACCAGGACAACGGCCCGUUCAAAGAUAAGCGGAUGGCGGCAAGGGAGAAACUCGCCACGCUGACCCAGGAAGAGAAGAUUUCUCUUCUCACCGCGGCAGACUUUUGGAGGAGCAAGGCCAUCCCUUCCAAGAACAUCCCAGCAGUGAAGACGAGCGAUGGCCCAAAUGGAGCCCGAGGUGGUAUUUUCGUCGGAGGCACCAAGGCUGCAUUGUUCCCCUGCGGGAUCUCCCUCGCGGCAACGUGGAACAAGGACCUCCUUUAUGAGGUCGGCCAACAUCUUGCCGAUGAGACGAAGGCACGAUCGGCCAACAUCUUGCUCGCCCCGACGGUUUGCAUGCACCGACACCCACUUGGGGGCCGGAACUUCGAGUCCUUUUCGGAGGAUCCCCUGCUCACUGGCAAACUAGCCGCCCAGUACAUCCGCGGCCUUCAGGAGAAGGGCGUCGCGGCCACCAUCAAGCAUUAUGUCGGCAACGAGCAAGAAACCCACAGGUUGACGAUAGACUCGAGGGUGGGCGAGAGGGCACUCCGCGAGCUGUAUCUGCGACCCUUCGAGAUCGCAGUCCGCGAAGCCAACCCGUGGGCUAUCAUGUCGUCAUACAAUCAGAUUAACGGCGUCCAUGCUGACAUGAACAAUCACACACUUAAAGAAGUCCUCCGUGGAGAGUGGGGUUAUAAUGGUACCGUCAUUUCCGACUGGGGUGGCAUGAACUCUACGGCUGAGUCGCUUAAGGCCGGCUGUGAUAUCGAAUUUCCCUAUUCGACCAAAUGGCGAUUCGAGAAGGUCCUCCAGGCGUUGAAGGAAGGCGAACUCACCCAGGAGGAUAUCGACCUUGCGGCGGAGAAUGUGCUCACCCUCGUUGAGCGCACGAAGGGGAGCGAUAUGUCAGAGGAGGAGCCAGAACGGGAGGAUGACAGGGAGGAGACGAGGAACCUCAUUAGAGAAGCCGGUGUCCAAGGCCUGACGCUCUUGAAGAAUGAGCACUCCAUCUUGCCCAUCAACCCCAAGACAACAAAGGUUGCAGUCAUUGGUCCGAAUGCCGACAGGGCGAUUGCUGGUGGUGGCGGCAGCGCCAGCCUCAACCCCUAUUACACGACCCUGCCGCUCGAUAGCAUCCGCAAAGCCGCCCAGCAGGAGGUCACAUAUGCAAAGGGCUGCCACAUCAACAAAUGGCUCCCCGUCGCAUCGCCAUUCUGCACCGACAAGGCGGGCAAGCAGGGCGUGACAAUCGAGUGGUUCCGCGGUGACCAGUUCAGGGGAGAGCCGGUGGUGACCCAGCGACGGACCAACACCGACCUCUUCCUCUGGGAUUCCGCGCCGCUAUCCCAGAUCGGCCCGGAAUGGUCGGCCAUAGCCACAACUCACAUCACGCCAUCCAGGACGGGCAAUCACACCAUCUCCUUCAUGAGCGUCGGGCCGGGCAAGCUAUACGUCAAUGGCGAGCUUGCUCUGGAUCUGUGGGACUGGACAGAGGAAGGCGAGGCCAUGUUCGACGGCUCGGUAGACUACUUGGUCGACGUUCCCAUGAAAGCCCGCGAGCCGGUCGAGCUGCGUGUCGAGAUGACUAACGAACUCCGCCCCAUCUCCAAGCAGAAGCAGUUCAGCAUGACACACAAAUACGGCGGCUGCCGGAUAGGCUUCAAGGAGGAGGACCAGAUCGAUUACCUACAGGAAGCCGUCGAGGCCGCCAAGGCCGCCGACGUUGCCAUCGUCGUCGUGGGCCUGGAUGCCGAGUGGGAGUCGGAGGGGUACGAUCGCCAGACCAUGGACCUGCCGUCGGACGGCAGCCAGGACCGCCUGGUCGAGGCCGUCGUCAGGGCGAACCCGCGGACCGUGGUCGUCAACCAAUCCGGAUCCCCGGUGGCGAUGCCAUGGGUCGACAAGGUUCCCGCCAUCAUCCAGGCGUGGUACCAAGGGCAAGAGGCCGGAAACGCCCUUGCGGAUGUGCUCUUCGGCGUCAAGAACCCCAGCGGGAAACUUCCUUGCACAUUCCCCAAGCGGCUCGAAGACGCCCCAGCAUUCCACAACUGGCCCGGCGAGAACUACGAGGUCGUCUACGGCGAAGGGGUGUAUAUCGGCUACCGACACUAUGAGCGGGCCAAGAUCGCACCUCUGUUCCCAUUCGGCCAUGGUCUGUCGUACACGAGCUUCGAAUACGGCCGCCCGUCACUCAGCUCCAAGGAGCUGACAGCGUCAGGAAGCAUCGAACUGAUCGUGGCCGUCAGCAACAUUGGCCUCAUUGAGGGACUGGAGACGGUGCAGGUCUAUGUCCAUGACGAGAAGUCGAGGCUGCCCCGUCCCGAGAAGGAGCUAGUGGCCUUCGAGAAGGUGACGCUCGAGGCGGGCGAGACCAAGCACCUGCGGAUAUACCUCGACAAGUACGCCGUCGGCUACUACGACACGGCAAUCCAGCGAUGGAUCGCCGAGGAGGGCGUGUUCAAGGUGCUCGUGGGCGCAUCGUCGGCCGAUAUCAAUGCAUUUCAGGCCUUCCACGGCUCCUCCCGUCGCGACCUAGACUCGACGUCGCUGCUCGACGACCUGACAGCCUUUCUGUCCCGCUGCGCCCGCGCGCUGUGGAGGUUCUGGAAAGGACGCGGCCGCCGCAUGUUGUUCGCUUCGCUGGCCCGGGCGCUGCACCAGGCCCGGCGGAAUAUGACGGCGGCUCGGCUGCUCAGCGUGCCCCAUCUGCUGGUCGCCAUAGCGAUGAUAAUGCUUCUCUGGGGGGAGAGAUGGGUGUUUAGAAGUACAGUCGAACGCUGCCAUUGGAGCGAUUGGGAGAAUUGGCCUCCCGGAGCCAAUCCGCACCACCUCGUCUUCGUGGCCGACCCUCAGCUCAUCGAUCCCCAUUCAUAUCCAGGGCGGCCCUGGCCGCUAAACCCCCUCACCGUCAUGGUCACCGAUAAUUACCUCCGCCGGUCCUACAACCAGCUACAGCAGCAGCUUCACCCAGACACACUCUUCUUUCUUGGCGAUCUCUUUGACGGAGGGAGGGAGUGGAAGACUGCUCAUGGAGAAUUCAAAGAUUACGCAUGGGCCCCGCACCCGAAGAGCGAGGAGAAAUACCUGAAGACGUGGAACAGGAAGUAUGGCGAGGACUUCUGGCUACACGAGUAUAAAAGGUUUGGAGACAUAUUCUUUAAACCGUGGAAUGCAGCAGGGGAGGCACCGGGGCUCGGCCAGAGAGGCAGGAAACUUGUCGCCAGCCUGCCGGGGAACCACGACCUCGGGUUUGGUUCCGAUAUUAAGAUACCUGUUCGGAAUCGAUUCGAGGCGUAUUUUGGAGAAGGAAACAGGGUCGACGUCAUUGGCAACCAUACUUUUGUGUCUGUGGACACGGUUUCCCUGAGCGCUGCCAGUUCACAGGAGACCAGGCAGCAUGAUCUGAGAGGCAUCUAUAUGCCGGCCCAACUGUUCCUGAAAGACGUCAAGUGGACGAAACGGAAGGCGGUUGAGAGGGAGUUACGCUUCCAAAGAGGAGAAAUCGAGGAGGUGAGGCUUGGACAUAAGAUCGAGGAUCUGGACAAGGCCGAUUUCGGGGACAGGCCCAACAUCGAUCCGGGAGAGGGCAAGGCAGAGCUGCCCUCUAUACUGCUCACCCAUGUGCCGCUGUAUCGGCCCCCCGGCACGCCGUGCGGUCCGCUGCGGGAGCGUUGGCCGCCGACGAAGCCGCCCAAGGGCCAGACGGAUCCCGUCGUGCCGGACGACCGAAACGCAAUAUCCGUUUCUCGAGGAUACCAGUAUCAGAAUGUCCUGAGCGAGGACGACUCCGCCAACCUCAUCAAGAGUGUCGGGAAUGUCGUUCACGUCUUCUCGGGCGACGACCAUGACUACUGCCAGGUCACACACGACAAGAAGCAGGAGAAUGUGCCCGAGAUCACUGUCAAGAGCAUGAGCAUGGCCAUGGGGGUCCCAACCCCCGGAUUCCUCAUGGUCAGCCUACACAACCCCAUCGACGCGAACGGGAAAUCCCUGGCCGGAGACGGGAAGACCACGUUCCAAACCCAUCUGUGCCUCUUGCCCCGAUCGGCCUCGAUAUUCGCCAAAUACGCCGCCUUCGUGCUCAUCAGCCUGGCCCUGCUCACCGUCCGGGCCUUCCUAGUCCCGGCCCUCAACCUCCCCCGCUUCGCCCUGGAGCCCCUCCCUGCCAGCGGCGGCGGCGGCGGCGGUGGCCUCCUCCCCGUCUCCAAGGCAAAGAUGGAGGACUACGACGAGUACGCCCUCCCGGCCGCGGGGUUCUCGGCCUCGCGAUUCCUGCACUCGGCGGGGACGCGCGACCGGGGCGGGGGGGCGCCGGCCUCGGGGGUCCGGCCCAACGGGCUGGCGGCCCAGGCCCGCAACGCGUCGCCAAAGGCUGGCAAGUCUCGGCGCUCCAAGGAGCUGCAGCUGCAGCAGCAGGGAAAGUGGGGGUGGGCCGGCGGGCUGUCACGGCCGUCGCGCGGGCCCAAGAUCGAGAUCGGGCGUUACGAUGACGAUAUCUACGACGGGGGCAAGUGGAAGGCCGCGUCGUCCACGAGGUCGAGGUCGAGGUCGGCGGUCGGCGUCGUGAUCCGGGAACUGUGGACGACUGUUUGGAGGGUGGCGUGGAUGGUCGGGUGCUUUUGGUUCUACCUCUCUUGGAAAGGGUGACACCUAGACGUAGAAAAGUCGCAUGUGUGGAGGUGGUUGCAGCAGCAGCUAUUGUAUAAUACGUACAGUUGUCUAUAUAUAUAGGUACCGGGUUGGACCGGUGGCGAUGGGGCUGGAGGCAUCUAUGGGAGAUACAGGCACAUAGCAUAAUUUCUGAUCUUGUCUUUGUGAAACACCCUUUCUGUUUACUUUCCGGUACAGAUAGAAAGCGGGCAUUCUUUUGUGUUUUGAUUUCAAUCGGCAGCAAUGAUC